AUUCCUUUGUUCAUAAUUUUAUGCUCUGAUUGUCAACCCCGCCCCCGCCGGCGCUUUAACGGAGCUUCCCUGCAACCCAACAAUACUCGUCUAUCACUGUACGCUAACGUUUAUCUGUUUCAAUUCAAUUCGACCACAUGGGCUUCCAUUUUUUUAUAUGCUUAAUUGCUUCGCCACCUGCCUCUCCCAAUGCCAUUUGAUCAUUAGUUUUAUAUUGACAAAGCAAGAUAAUGAAUUCAUUAAUUGGGAAGUUGAAUUAUUCUCAAUAGUCUCCCUCGUGGUCUUCCUUUUCAACGCUGUUGUGGUUUUUGCCGUCAUGGUUUUGGUCAGAAUAUUACAAUAAUACGAUGGCUAUCCCAAUAUCUAGAAUUUUAGGAUCCCAUAAAAACCAAAAUAUCAUUUCCUCCCUCCAUAAUCUUGUAACGACUUAUGGCGUCUUCGUCUUUAGGUUUCGUCUUUGUUCUUUGUGCUAUUGCUUCCAUCGUUAGCCACCUGAUUGUUUUGUCUCAAGCUCAGAAUUCAGCUCAACCCACCACCGAUCCGGAUCAAGCAAGAGCUCUGAAUUCCAUAUUUAGACAAUGGCGAAUUUCGGCGCCAUCAGGGGCGUGGAAUAUAAGCGGGAAUCUGUGCAGUGGGAGGGCAAUCGACACGACAACCCCCAUCGAUAGUAAUGGAAACCUCAAUCCUCUUAUAAAAUGUGAUUGCUCAGCCAACAACGGUGCUACUUGCCUCAUCACUCAACUGCACGUUUAUGCAAUAAAUGUUGUUGGUGUACUCCCACCAGAGCUAUGGACAUUAACUUCCCUCACAUAUCUGAAGCUGGAUCAAAAUUUCUUGACAGGAACACUAUCUGCAUCUGUUGGUAAUCUGACACAAUUGCGAACCUUGAGCCUGGGCAUUAAUGCAUUAUCAGGGGAACUUCCGAAGGAACUUGGAUCUCUUUCUAAACUGGAAAUAUUGGCAUUUGGGUCCAACAAUUUCUCUGGUCCCUUACCGUCAGAGCUUGGAAAUCUUUCUGUGUUAAGGGAACUAUACAUUGAUAGCUCUGGAGUUUCAGGUGGUAUUCCUCCAUCAUUUUCAAGUCUAAGAAACUUGCAGACAGUAUGGGCAUCAGACAAUGAAUUCACUGGCAGAAUACCUGAUUUCAUCGGGAAUUGGACAAGGCUCACAUCUUUGAGGUUUCAAGGAAACUCUUUUACAGGUUCCAUACCAUCGACAUUUUCAAACUUGACAUCUUUGACUGAGUUGAGAAUAGGUGAUUUAUCCAAUGGGAGCUCUUCUCUAGCAUUCAUCACUAAAAUGACAUCUCUAACUAUCCUGGUGUUGAGAAAUAAUAAUAUGACUGGUUCAAUUCCAUCCAACAUUGGAGAAUUUCGUAGACUUACCCAGCUGGACUUGAGCUUCAACAACUUGACAGGAGAGAUUCCAAGCUCACUUUUCAGUUUGAGCUCACUAUCACACUUGAUUCUUGGAAAUAACAAGUUAAAUGGGACCCUACCUACACAGAAGAGUACAUCACUUGUAAAUAUAGACUUGUCAUAUAAUGAUUUAUCAGGGAGCUUUCCUGCUUGGAUCAACCAGCAAAACUUACAACUAAAUUUAGUUGCCAACAAUUUCACAAUUGAAAGUGGCAGUAUCAGUGGUUUGCCUUCUGGAUUGAAUUGUCUUCAACGCAACUUUCCUUGUAAUCGAGGCCGUCCAAUAUAUUCUGAUUUUGGGAUCAAGUGUGGAGGUCCACAGAUCAGAAGUUCAUCAGGGAUUUUGUUUGAAAGGGAAAAUGAGACUCUCGGUCCUGCUACGUACUUUGUUACUGAGUCACAAAGGUGGGCUGUUAGUAAUACUGGAUACUUUACUGGGACCAACAAUCCUCAAUACACAGCCAAUACGUUGACUCAAUUCCCAAACACCCUUGACACAGAACUUUUUCAGACACAACGACUAUCUGCUUCAUCAUUGAGAUACUAUGGACUAGGGCUUGAGAAUGGCAACUACACUGUGAACCUUCAUUUUGCAGAAAUAGUUUUCCCAGAUUCAAAUACAUGGCAAAGCCGUGGGAGGCGUCUCUUUGAUAUAUAUAUACAGGGAAAUCGUGUGUUACAGAAUUUUGAUAUUAGGAAGGAGGCAGGUGGUUCUUUCCUUGCUGUCAGGAGGAAUUUUACGGCUGAAGUUACAGAAAACUUCCUGGAAAUUCAUCUCUUCUGGGCGGGGAAAGGUACUUGCUGCAUACCUAGUCAGGGUGCUUUUGGACCCGCUGUUUCAGCCAUCAGUGCUACCCCAGAUUUUGUACCAACUGUCAGUAACGUACCUCCAAGCACUAAGGAGAAUAGAACGGGCCUAAUUGUAGGGCUCGUUGUUGGUUUAGGAUCUGUUCUCUUUCUGAUUAUUGGUGCAGUUUUCCUUGUUGUUCAGAGAAGGAAAAGGCGUCGUGCCUAUGAAGAUGAAGAGCUCCUAGGAAUAGACAUUAGACCGUACACUUUUAGUUUUUCUGAACUAAGGAGUGCCACAAAUGACUUUAGUUCAUCCAACAAACUUGGCGAGGGAGGAUUUGGACCUGUUUACAAGGGAACAUUAAAUGAUGGAAGAGUGGUUGCUGUGAAGCAACUUUCAGUGGCAUCCCACCAAGGAAAGAGCCAGUUUGUCACUGAGAUCGCUACAAUAUCUGCAGUACAACAUCGUAACCUUGUGAAAUUAUAUGGAUGUUGUAUCGAGGCCGAUAAAAGACUCCUUGUUUAUGAGUUUCUAGAAAACAAGAGUCUUGACCAAGCAUUAUUUGGACAAAAACAUUUGGUUAUUGAUUGGCCGACACGUUUUGAGAUAUGCGUGGGUGUAGCAAGGGGUCUCACUUACCUUCAUGAGGAAUCAAGACUUCGCAUAGUGCACAGAGAUGUUAAGGCCAGUAACAUCCUGCUUGAUGGUAAUCUGAUUCCCAAAAUUUCAGAUUUUGGUUUAGCCAAACUUUAUGAUGACAAAAAGACUCAUAUAAGCACCCGUGUUGCUGGGACAAUUGGUUAUCUUGCACCUGAGUAUGCCAUGCGUGGCCACCUUACAGAGAAGGCCGAUGUCUUUGGAUUUGGUGUCGUGGCUCUUGAAAUUGUUAGUGGAAGGCCAAAUUCAGACCCAAGCUUGGAGCAAGACAAAAUCUAUCUUCUCGAAUGGGCAUGGUACCUCCACGAAAACAACUGUGAACUUGAGAUGGUGGAUUCUGAAUUAUCAGAGUUCAGCAAGGAGGAAGUAAAAAGGGUAAUUGGUGUAGCUCUUCUGUGUACUCAAACAUCCCCAGCUCUUCGACCAUCGAUGUCCCGUGUGGUGGCAAUGCUGACUGGAGACAUUGAAGUGGCCGCUGUAACUUCCAAACCAGGGUACCUGACAGAUUGGAAAUUUGAUGACAUUACAAGCUUUAUAGAUACUCCAUCAACUGAAGAACCUGAUACCGGCCGUUAUGCAUCGACAAGUUCGAGUCUUGUUGAUACAAAGCGCUCGCCAGCCAAUGCUUCUGAACCAAUGCUUCGUGGAUUAUUAGGUGAGGGUAGGUGAAGAAGCAUAGUAUUGACAUUUCAUUUUUUGGUUUCAUAUUUACUCAACAUGCCCCCACCUCCGGCUUUGUACAUAUCAAUACAUAAUGUGUGUCCUAUGGAACCUCCCAUUUGUGAAUUAUUUAAGAUUUCAAUUAUUUUUGUGCUUGAGUUUGUAUGUUGAAUUGUUUGACUAUUAGUCUCCCUCGUCGUACAAUAUAGGUUUUUUCAAAGAACUUAUGUAUAAGCAUAUUUCCAGAUCUUUGGUCUCUAAACCAAGCUCUGGCUUACUAUU